ACGACGCAGCUCAAUAGGAAUGAAGGGUGUUCAUAGGCAGCCAUUUUCGCUGUUAUUCUCUCAAGCACAUAAACAAAUCGUCUGGUGCUUUCUUUUCUCCGUGUUACUCGCUGUCGCAGAAAUGGCAGAUAAGACACAGUUACCCACGAAAGACCGGGCUCUUAAGGGAAGAGAGGAAAAAAUGGUCGUGGCAGAGAAGCAUGCAGUCAAUGGCAACCCCACCGUGGAGCCCUUCCCUGAGGGCAUGGAGACUGUCCUUUUUGGUAUGGGUUGUUUCUGGGGAGCUGAGAGGCGUUUCUGGAUGAAGUCAGGUGUGUUCUCCACCCAGGUGGGCUAUGCCGGGGGGGUCACGCCCAACCCCAACUAUGAGGAGGUUUGCUCAGGUCUGACUGGCCACACCGAGGUGGUCCGGGUGGUCUUCAACUCCAGCCACAUCCAUCUGAAGGAGUUACUCAAGCUGUUCUGGGAGAGCCAUGACCCCACUCAAGGAAUGAGACAGCAGAAUGACAGAGGGACCCAGUACCGUUCAGCCAUCUACACCUCCAGUCCCGCUCAGCAGGAACUGGCUCUAAACACCAGAGACACCUACCAAGAGGUGUUGAGUGAGAAGGGGCAUGGGGCCAUCACCACGGAGAUCCUGCAGGACCAGAAAUUCUUCUACGCAGAGGACUACCACCAGCAGUACCUGAAGAAGGUGCCCAAGGGGUACUGUGGCCUCAAGGGCACUGGGGUCUCCUGCCCCAUAGGAGCAGGGGCUGGUGACAAGGACGAGCUGUGACCUGGGCAGGAGGAGAGGAGGAACAUAAGGGAGCACAGAAUGGAGUUUAACAGGCUUGACUUUGAUGAUGACCAAACCAUAAUUAUUUUUUUUAUAUUUACUUGAGCAAUAACGACUCAAGUAUUUGUUUUUAGGCGUACUCUUGAUGAAGAUCUAGUCUACAGACUUCUGAUUGACACUUUUGCAUUUCAGACUGCAGUGUUGUCAAAUAGCCAGAAGAUGUCAGUAUGCCCCAAAUAACAUGAAUAACUCAAAAUGAAGAUUUUAUGUCAUUCCAACAGCAGAUAAUACAUUCUACAUAUGUUUUAAAACAAUGUUGUGUUUCCUAAUCAAUAUAGGUUAUCUCUGUAAUUGACUUCUGAUCCAUUUUGUAUUCUGAUCCAUCAUGUACCAAAUAUUAGCAGUUUCGAAAGUUGUUUCUUACAUUGAACAAGGAUGUGGCAAGACCAUUCCUCUCAUGAUGUAGCUGGGAUCACACAUGCCUCUGAGCAAGAACUGAUUUCUACAAGCUUUCUACAGUUUAGUUUUUCUCAGAUAUCUUUUUUCAGAAGAGUCAAUUAUUGAGAUUGAUUAUGUCAGAUUCCCAGGAUUGUUUGUUUUGCUCUUGCUUGUUUGUCUUGCACUUUAACCUUUCCACCUAGUGCGCAUAGCAGUCACUGCACAUAAAUGUGAUAUCCAGCCUAUAGAAUGAAGGAUGAUUGAAAGUACCAGCGGGUACAAGCAGCUACCUGCCCCACAACACAUACAGAAGUCACUGUCAAAUUGUAUCUAAAUCUUCAUAUCUCUUUAAUUCGUUUUUCACAGAUACUGGAAUGAAUAAUUCUAAUUUGUCUGUUUCAUUAGUCAUUGGUAACUCAU